CUCGUCAUCAAAACGCCACCGCUUCAUAUCAACACCUUCAAAAUUUAAUCACGUCUUUCCUCGUGUGCUUUUGAAAAGCUGCACACGCCAUAAACAAAGAAACACCGCCAAUGCUGCCAGAACUCCCGCCGGCGCUACCUCCUAACCACCAUGACCUAACGAACUAACUCUGCCAUUCCACCAUGGCCCAAAACCUCAAACUCAAGGUCUUCACAUGCCUAACAAAGCUAGGCGACCGCGAUACAUAUUCCAUUGCUGCCUCCGAGCUGGACUCCAUUGUUGCUUCUUUGGACUCUUCAACUCUUUCCACCUUCGUCUCUUGCAUCCUCUCCACCGACACUAAUGACAAGCCUGCCGUCCGCAAGCACUGUCUUCUUCUCCUUGCCGAUCUUUCCAUCUCUCACACGCAAUCUCUCUCUCGCUUCCUUCCCAAAAUCCUAUCACAUCUCAUUCAGCGCCUCCGUGACUCGGACUCCUCUGUCCGUUCACAAUGCAUUUCCACCGUUUCUGCAUUAACCGCCAAUGUGACCAGAGUUCCAUUUUCUUCGGCCUUCUUGAGGCCCUUGAGUGAUGCGCUCUUCACGGAGCAGGAUCGCAACUCGCAGGUCGGAUCAGCUCUGUGUCUCGCUGCCGCUAUCGAUGCGGCUCCUGAUCCUGAUCCAGGCAGGCUAGGGCGAGCGUUGAUGCCGAAGCUGGAGAGAUUGCUGAAGGAGGGGUUUAGGGCAAAGAGUGCGGUGCUUGUUGUGGUCGGGAGUGUGAUCGGGGCGGGUGGGGUGUCGGGCAGGGGUGUUGAGGGGCUAAGAAGUUUGGUGCAGUGUCUGCUGGAGUUUUUGAGCAGCGAGGAUUGGGCUGCGAGAAAAGCUGCAGCAGAGGGACUAGGAAGGUUGGCAAUUGUAGAGAGGGACGCCUUGCCUGAGUUUAAGGCCGGGUGCUUGAAAGCGUUUGAGAAUCGGAGAUUCGAUAAGGUGAAAGCUGUUAGAGAGGUCAUGAAUCAGAUGAUCGAGGAGUGGAAGCAAGUCCCAGAUGUUUCAGAGGAGACAUCACCACCUCCUCGAUCGCAGACUUCUUCCAGGGAGGAUGCUAUUGAUGGGCGCUACCCAUCUGGAUCUAAGCAUUCUAUUGCUGCUCGAUCUGAAGCUUCUCGAAUGAGGAAGAAGUCAAUUCCUGCUAGCAGGUCAACUCCACCUGCUAGUUCAUUAGCGACAGUUGCAGGAAAGAAAAAUCCUCCUCCAAAUGGUAGUGGAAAGAAAACAAGUUCGGCCAUGUUCCAGAAGCUAGAUGGUAAGAAGGCUUCAGACUGGAAUGUUGAAAUCAGUGUUCCAACUGCUACCUCUUCUAUUGGAGAUUGCGUUGAUGCUCAUAGGAUUAAAGAAGAGCAGGGAAAUGACAAAACUAGGUUCGGAAAGCAGGAGACAAAUCGAGCCCUUUUUAACAGGAGUUCUGAUGGAAACAUACACAAAUUUGGUGCAUCUCGUGUGGCUCCAUGCCAUGAGAAGACUCCAGAAUCUAAUGUUCUUAUAAAUAGUGGUACAGAAAAUCACAAUAACAAUCACAAAGAGUCCGAGGAUUUAUCUCUGAUACGCAAGCAACUUGUUCAGAUUGAAAAGCAGCAAUCUAGUCUGUUAGAUCAUAUCCAGAGAUUCAUUGGCAGCUCACAAACUGGUAUUCAAACUCUGGAGACACGUAUGCAUGGCCUGGAGCUGGCUCUCGAUGAGAUCUCAUAUGACUUAGCCGUAACAAAUGGAAAAAUGGCUAAUACGGGCUCUCAUGGAACCACCUGUUGUCCUCUCCCUGGUGCUGAGUUUUUAAGCCCCAAGUUCUGGAGGAGAACAGAACCUCAUCAUAUGACCUCUAAGUUUUCUACUUCCAAUGGUAUCCCAUUGGCCGCCAUGCGUCGUAGAGGUGAUAAAAAUGGCAGUGCUGGAACAUUUAUGCUCGACCAGAACAGGUUGCAGCUUCAGGGAGGUGGUGGAUUCAUAGUGAAUCCGUUGGCUGAGAUUCACAUUGAUUCAAGGGGCAACUCGGAGAUUUUGAAUCACUAGCAACAGAAGCAGCGACAAUCGAUGUUGAAACUUUGCUACAGCUUAUCUCUGCAGAUUGCGGGUGCUAUGGAGACACAAAGAUUUGCUGGAUUGUGAAGCAAAUGGAUAUAUGAGGACGUGGUAAAUGGUAUAGUCCCUUUCUGGAAUUUCAUCUCGAUUAGCAUGAAAUGCCUUAUAGCAAAUAGAAGGUGGUUGCAGUAUUUCUCUUCCACUCUUGAAAAUAAUCACACUUUCAGAAGAGACCAGAUGAAACAAAUUCAUCAUUUUCAGUUUACCAUUAUUUUCAUUAGAUUUACAAACACUCGUGACGGCUCGGAGUGAGUGUUCACUGCUAAAUACUGGAGGAUCAUGAUUCAUAUGGUGUGGAAUGUAUAUACCGGUACGAGAUUAAUUUUCUUUCUGCUGACUUUGUUUACAUAGGGAUGAAGACAUAGUUUUCAAUACCAUACUGUGUAUCGAACCAUCAAAAUUGAAGAUUUUAAGGUUUUCGAGUUUCAACCGG